GUCUAGCAGGAAUAGGGGGCAUCCAGACCGAGGAGACCAUGCAAGAACUGAACGACUGCCUGGCCUCCUACCUGGACAGAGUGAGGAACCUGGAGACUGAUAAUCGGAGACUGGAUAGCAAAAUCCGGGAACACCUGGAGAAGAAGGGGCCCCAAGUCAGAGACUGGGCGCAUUACUUCAAGAUCAUCGAGGACCUGAGGGCUCAGAUUUUUGCAAAUUCUGUGGACAAUGCCCACAUCAUUCUCCAAAUUGACAAUGCCCAUCUUGCUGCUGAUGACUUUAGAGUCAAGUAUGAGACAGAACUGGCCAUGCACCAAUCUGUGGAGAGUGACAUCCAUGGGCUCCACAAGGUCAUUGAUGACACCAAUAUCACUCAACUGCAGCUGGAGUCGGAGAUCGAGGCUCUCAAGGAGGAGCUGAAGUCUGCGUGGUGGUGGGCUACCAAGAAAGCAGUGGCAGAGGGAGGAGGCAUAUUUAGUUCUUUACAAACAGCAAGCGAAGGGACCCGUGGAACUGAUGUCUCUGAAAACCCAACGGAACUGCCCUUUGACCUGUCCAUCAUGGGCCAACUGACUCUGAAGUUCCAUACUCGGUGUGCCCUUCCCUCUGAGCUCCUCGCUGAUCUGUACCCCUGCCUGGCUGACCGAGGCUGCCCACGCAUCCUUCUCCGGCCUGUCCCGACCAACCGGGUAAUUGCAGAAGUCACUCACAUGACUCACAUGGCAGCAUGUGCCUGA